AUGAAGCCGCUUUCACUCGUUUUACUGUGUCUCUCCACCUUUCUGCCUCAACUUCAUGCCCUCCGAUAUGAUCCCGAACAGAUCCAUUGGAACUUAAAUCAAAACAGCUCUGCUACCGACCCUAUGAACUAUUGGGGCUCGUGGGAGGACCAGGAGAAACAUGACUAUUAUCCGUCGCCUGAAAACUGGCGAUUUCCCUUUUAUACCAUUUUCCUGGAUCGAUUUGUCAAUGGCGACCCGACCAACGACAAUGCCAAUGGCAGCGCUUACGAGCAUGAUUUGCUCUCCAACCAAUUCCGCAAUGGUGGUGACAUCACCGGCCUGAAGAAUUCUCUCGACUACCUGCAGGGCAUGGGUAUCAAGGGUCUUUACGUGGCCGGCAGUCCCUUUAUCAAUCAACCGUGGGCGGCGGACAGCUACAGUCCCCUCGAUCUAACGUUGCUCGAUCAUCAUUUUGGAACUAUCGACGAAUGGAGGGAAGCCAUCACGGAAAUACAUCGCCGUGGCAUGUAUGUGCUAAUGGACAAUACCAUGUCAACGCUGGGUGACUUGAUCGGCUUUGAUGGUUAUCUCAAUACAACGACUCCCUUCAGCUUCAGCGAGCACAAGGCCGUCUGGAAAAGCACGCGCAGAUAUCACGACUUUUAUACCAAUGACGAAAAGCAUGAACCAUGCACGUACCCCCGCUUCUGGACCGAGACAGGCGAGCGCAUUGGAAGCAACGUGACGGCAUUGAUGACACAUUGCUUGGAUAGUGACUUUGACCAGUACGGAGAUGUGGCAUCCUUUGGUGUCUAUCCAGAAUGGCAAAAACAAUUAUCCAAAUUUGGUUUCGUACAGGAUCGGCUUCGAGAGUGGCGGCCCAGCGUCUUGGACAAGAUCAAGCAUUUCUCCUGCAUGACCAUUGCCAUGCUUGACAUUGAUGGUUUCCGCAUCGACAAGGCCCUGACUAUCACAUUGGACCCGCAAGCCGAGUGGUCUGAGUAUGUCCGUGAAUGCGCACGCAGAUACAACAAGACAAAUUUCUUUAUUCCCGGUGAGAUCGUCAGCGGUAACACGCUUGCAUCUCUGUACAUUGGUCGGGGAAGAGAGCCGCACAUGUAUUUUUCGGACCCACAGCACGCCAUGGAAGCCACCGGCGGGACCAACUUGGAGUCGAAUGUACGCGAGGGAAACCUGACCGCCUUGGACGCAGCCGUCUUCCAUUAUUCAGUCUACCGCAGUAUGACUCGUUUCUUGGGAAUCGAUGGUGUCUAUGCUGCGGAGAUGGAUAUCCGCGUUAAUUGGGCCGAUGGAUGGCGGGAUAUUGUAACAUCCAAUGACUUGGUCAACGUCAAUACUGGCAAAUUCGACCCACGUCACUUCUACGGUGUCACAAAUCAAGAUGUUUUCCGUUGGCCAGCGAUCAAAAAUGGAACACAGAAAAAUAUCCUGGGGCUUCUAAUCACGACUCUGACAUUACCCGGUAUUCCCAUCGCAAUGUGGGGAGAAGAACAGGCCUUCUACGUCCUGGAAAAUACGGCCGGAAAUUACCUCUUUGGCCGGUCACCUAUGGUUUCCACUAUCGCUUGGCAACUACAUGGCUGUUACAGCAUUGGCUCCGAAAAGUAUUAUCAGUGGCCCAUUGACGCCGCAAUACAUGGAUGCGAGGACGAUAAAAUUAGUUUGGACCAUCGCGACCCGUCUCACCCGGUUCGCAACAUUCUUCGGCGAAUGUACGAGUUGCGCGAAAUCUAUCCUUCUUUGAAUGAUGGGUUUAUUCUGAGCCAACUGUCCAACCACACGUAUGACAUUUAUAUGCCAGGAAGCGAGGGCACACCGACUGAGACUGGUCUUUGGAGUGUUGUGAGAGCAGGCUACGAACAGACACAAGACUUCACUGGCCAAGCACAAGGAAAUCAGUCCGUCUGGUUACUCUUUACAAACGAGAAUAAAACGGUUUCCUAUAAUUUUGACUGCAACAACGGGACUGAUGCGCUCGCGAGCCCAUUCGAGAAGGAUACGACGGUGCGAAACCUCUUUUACCCUUAUGAAGAGUACACUCUGGGAACGAUCAACAAGACAGUAGACUUGGGAAAUUCGAAACAGCAGACUAGUUGCCUGAGCCAGCUGGAGAUGCCAGCUUGGGGCUUCAAAGCAUUUGUGCCCAGUGACAAAUGGGUAGGCCCUAAGCCAGCAAUUACCAGGUUUAUUCCUGGACACGACGCUCGUCUUAUUUCUACCGUUGCAGCGGGGCAGCAGGAAUCGGUCAACAUCGAAUUGCACUUUUCAGACGAAAUGGACUGCAAUUCAAUCGUGCAGAACAUUAAAAUCACGUCUGAAACAGACGAUUCCAGCACCGCUGAGCUUGACCAGAGCAGCGUAUCGUGUAACACCGUUAGCCCGAUGGAAAUUCCGAUUUACUCAGGUGCCGUGGCCACUGAAUGGAUAUUCGCAGCUCGCCUGACAAAAGUGUCAAAUGGCAUACACGCAAUCACCGUCGGCAACGCCACGAAUCAGGCCCAGAAUGCGACGCUUGGAUUCGAUAGCCAAUUUCUCUUCCGCAUUGGGCAAAUGGAGAAUCCCAUGGUGUUUCCCUGGCCGGCAAAUUAUUCUACUUCGUUGUUGUACAAAGAGAGCAAGAAUGACUCGCUUUACGUGUCCCAUAAAGCUGCAGGAGCGACCUUGUGGCGCUAUUCCCUCGAUUGGGCAUCGCACUGGAGUCCGUGGCAAGCCUACAGGGGUGGUAACUCUACUCUUGGCCCAUCAAACUGGACGGGAACCAAGGACCAGAAGUGGAGUGGCCACCAUGUGCAGGUUCAGUACUGGAGUAAUCUGACUGCCAGUAGCAACCAUAUUCAACAGGGAGACCUCGGAAAUCUGACUCAUCGGCGAUUCCCUCACUUAUAUGUUCAUGGACCUUAUAAUGAGUACGGCUACGACGCUGGAUUGACUGGCCAGAUGCACCAAGUUCCUAACAAUGGCACGUGGUUGUUUGAUUUCAUGACCGAAUGGCCGACAGUCUUCCAGAUCAACGAGUGGGGUAUAAACCCUGAUGGCAGACCGGACCAGACCAUGAUUCUUGGUGAUGUAGAUGGAGACCAAGUCCUGGACAGAAUCCCGCCUGGUUCCUUGGCCCCCGACAUCAUUGAGCUCACGAAGCCGCCACCGAGACCACAUGUCGGCUAUCGCAUUGGCAUCAAUGAUGCGUCUCUUCGUUACAAGAUGAUUCCUACGGGCUCCUCGCACGCCCAGGUUGCACUCUUUGUUCUUCUUGCGCUCGUCCCACUCUUGACAGCGUCUGCAAGCGUGUAUACAUUCAUGAAGUCAUUUUAUCAAGUCAAGUUCAACGAGAUCGGCGUCACCGAUAAGAAGCCUUUAAUUCCUCUGGCGCUUCGGCGAAACCUCAAGCAGCACCGCAUCUUAACGGAUCAAAGUCUUACUCCCAUGCGCGAAAGGUCUGCGUCUCCUGAGCCCGCGGCAGCGGCGCUCCAAAUGGAUGCAGGUGCACCGAAUCGUCGUACUGUUUUGAUUGCGACCAUGGAAUAUGAUAUUGAAGACUGGAACAUCAAAAUCAAAAUCGGUGGACUCGGUGUCAUGGCUCAGCUUAUGGGCAAGAACCUAGGCCAUCAAGACCUUAUCUGGGUCGUUCCCUGCGUUAGUGGCAUUGACUAUCCGGUUGAUCAGGUGGCCGAUCCGAUGUUUAUCACCAUCCUCGAAAAGACCUAUGAAGUACAAGUCCAAUAUCACGUUCUCAGAAAUAUCACCUAUGUCUUGUUGGACGCUCCGGUGUUCCGACAGCAGACCAAGAACGAGCCUUAUCCUGCGCGUAUGGACGACCUUGACAGCGCCAUCUACUAUUCUGCCUGGAACGCCUGUGUCGCCGAGGCAAUCAGGCGUUUCCCAGUGGAUCUUUAUCACAUUAACGACUACCACGGUGCUCUUGCUCCACUUCAUUUGCUGCCGGAUGUUAUUCCAUGCGCUCUGUCUCUACACAAUGCAGAGUUUCAGGGUCUGUGGCCCAUGAGGACUCCUAAGGAGCGGGAUGAAGUGUGCAAAGUUUUCAACCUUGACCCUGAGAUUGCACAACGCUAUGUUCAGUUCGGCGAUGUCUUCAAUCUAUUACAUGCCGGCGCUAGUUAUCUUCGAAUCCAUCAAAAGGGCUUUGGCGCUGUCGGUGUAUCGAAAAAGUAUGGAAAGCGUACAUUUGCACGGUACCCCAUUUUCUGGGGAUUGCACAAGAUUGGAAGCUUGCCAAAUCCUGAUCCGACUGAUACAGCCGAAUGGACCCGGGAUGCUCCAACGACAACUGAUGUCACAAUUGAUGUUGCUUUUGAAGCGGGGCGUGGGGAAUUGAAACGCCAGGCACAGGCCUGGGCUGGUCUCAAAGAAGACCCCAAUGCAGAUCUAUUCGUUUUUGUUGGUAGAUGGUCAAUGCAAAAAGGUGUAGACCUGAUUGCAGAUGUCUUCCCGUCAAUUUUGACACAAUAUCCCAACGUCCAACUGAUUUGCAUUGGACCAGUUAUCGAUCUUUAUGGGCGAUUUGCAGCACUCAAGCUUGAAAAGCUGAUGAAGUUGUAUCCGGACCGAGUAUAUUCUAAACCAGAAUUCACGGCUCUGCCCCCUUAUAUUUUCAGCGGUGCUGAAUUUGCUCUCAUUCCUUCACGAGAUGAGCCUUUUGGCCUGGUCGCAGUCGAGUUUGGUCGUAAAGGUGCCCUUGGUGUGGGUUCUCGAGUUGGUGGUCUUGGCCAAAUGCCUGGCUGGUGGUUCACCGUCGAAUCAACAACCCCGAAACACCUGCUACAUCAAUUUAAGAUGGCAAUUAACGACGCACUUGCCUCUAGUACAGAAAUUAGAGCUACUAUGAGGGCAAGGUCGGCAAAGCAACGAUUCCCAGUGGCACAGUGGGUGGAAGAUUUGAAUACACUCCAAUCUACCGCGAUUAGAACGUCAAAGGAAGAAAUGGGCAGACUUCGGCCCUUGAAGUCCCCUUCGAUGCAGAAGCUUGUCAGCUUCGUCAGUGGGUCCUCUGAGGCUGUAAAUAGCCGUAACUCACAGAGUCAUUUACCGCCGGCUGCCGGGGCUUUCCUCUCCCCUUCCAUCCCUGGGCCUGGAACUCCUUCUACGCUCGGAGCCCCGUCACCGCUCCUCUCUCCCCGCCACUCUCCACCUGAUACUCCCACGAUGGACAGCGGAUACCUACAGCCUCGUUUCCCGGCUGGUCCGAGAAGUGAACACUUGCCUCAAACAGUGUCUGUACUCAGCUUGGAUUCCGUUGUUGGAGAGCGGACGGAUUUUGCCCUCCAAAAGGUAGAUCCCUUUUUCACGGAUGCCAAGGGCGAGUAUUACCGAGAAUUCGAAAAGAAGUUGGAUCAUCUGGGCGAGAAAUCUGCCGAUGACCUUAUCAUUGAGGAACAUUUGAUGAAGAGUGAGAAGAAGUGGUUUAAUCAGUACCGUGAUGCGAAGAUGGGCAAGCUUCCCGGUGCCGCCACGUCAUCUACUUCAUUCUUUGGACGAGGUUCACGACCUUCUACGCCCGUUGGUUCCAUUUUCAACGAGUCGCCGCGAGCGAGCGGCGAAUUCUCGCUCCAUGACUCUGAAUCUGAGCCUUUUGGACUUGGUGCUGAUUAUCAGCCUCCUUCGGGGGUGAGGAAGUUUUUGUACCUCAAGAUUGGUGACUGGCCGAUUUAUUCCUUCCUCCUCGCAUUUGGUCAAAUCAUUGCUGCGACAUCCUACCAAAUAACCCUUCUCACCGGCGAAAUUGGAGAAAGUGCUACGAAGCUUUAUGUGAUUGCUACUAUUUACUUGGUCACGUCCAUCAUGUGGUGGUUGCUGUUUCGCAAACUCAAAGCAGUCUAUGUUCUUUCUCUACCGUUUCUCUUUUAUGGCUUGGCCUUUAUAUUCAUUGGUGUAUCGCCAUUUGCGCACAGCUACAAUGGCAGAGGAUGGGUCCAGAAUAUUGGCACUGGUCUGUAUACUAUUGCAUCUUCGAGCGGUUCGAUCUUCUUUGCUUCGAAUUUUGGUGAUGAAGGUGGCGCGCCCGUGGCAUCAUGGGUCUUCCGUUCUUGCGUCAUUCAGGGCACGCAGCAGCUAUAUGUUGCAUUCUUGUGGUACUGGGGUUCAACGUUGUCUCGCAUGUCGGAAGAUGGGGUUGAGACGACCACGGUGACGACCAGCAACUACAUUGUUACCUCAGUUACUCUACCAUUGGCAGUAUUGCUCUGGGUUGUCGGUCUUCUACUCUUUUUCGGUCUGCCAAAAUAUUAUCGUCAAGCACCGGGUACGGUUCCAUCAUUCUAUCGGUCACUUGCGCGAAGAAAAAUCAUCGGGUGGUUUUUCAUUUCCGUUCUUCUCCAGAACUACUGGUUGUCAGCUCCGUAUGGCCGCAAUUGGCGAUACCUCUGGACAACGCAACACGCCAGCUUCUGGCAGAUUCUCCUUCUCCUGCUCUUCUUCUUUGUCGGUGUUUGGGCGCUUGUGCUCUUCAUCCUCGGACGGCUCUCGAAAUCUCAUUUGUGGAUCAUGCCCGUCUUUGCCAUUGGCCUCGGUGCUCCUCGUUGGUGCCAGAUGCUGUGGGGUGCCUCGGGUGCCGCUUCCUAUCUCCCAUGGGCUGGUGGCUACACUGCCGGAGCGCUUGUUGGCCGUGGCCUGUGGCUGUGGCUCGGUAUCCUUGAUUCCCUCCAAGGCGUCGGGUUUGGUAUGAUUCUCUUGCAGACCAUGACGCGAUUCCACAUCACCUUUACGCUCCUCGCGGCUCAGGUCUUGGGUUCGAUUGCGACCAUGGUUGGUCGUGCAACGGCACCAGACCGCCUUGGGCCCGGAACCAUGUUUCCCAAUUUGGCGCUGGGCGCUUCAGGACUUCAAAACGCUUGGUUCUGGAUCGCCAUCUUGUUCCAGCUUGCCAUUUGUGUGGGCUUCUUUACAUUUUUCCGAAAGGAGCAACUCACCAAACCUUGA